GAGAGAGACACAGACAGAGACACACACAGAGACACAGAGAGACACAGACAGAGACACACAGGGAGACACAGAGACAGAGACACACACAGGGAGACACAGAGAGGGUUCGUGAGUGGCGGCUCCCGGGAAGUGAAGUGGAGUGAAAUCGCGGGUAUCGAGGACUUUCCACGGGAGGCGAGGCGUGGGCGCGCUGUCCACGUCUGAUGCACACACAGCGCCCCACGAUGGACGGAGAGGCGGCGAGUCGGGGGCCCGGAGGUCGUGUGGCUGCACCCCCAGGGGGACAAACGCAUCUGUCCCCCGUGGACGCCCUGUGCGUCUCCCUCAUUCUUGAGGACUGCCUCCACCAGCUGGAGAUCCUCGGGUGCAUCGCUCCAUGCGCCCCCGCCAAGAUUCCAGGGAUCCGGACAAGUACGGACCAGGAGUUCCGUGAUGCCCCGGGACAAGAUCCCAUCCCGUCUGACACGCUGCGCAAGGUGCAGGCCGACAGGCGGUUUGCGGAGGCGGUGAUUGCGGAGACGCUGCAGGAGGUGCGCGCGGGCGGCACGUUCCAGAGCCUGCUGAGCGCCGUCGCGUCCGAGAAGGAGAAGAGGGACGCCCACGACGCUGCCAUCGCACGGGAGGAAGAGGCACGGAAGAGAGUGGCGGCCCUGCAGAAGGAAAUCUACGACCUCAAGAAGGAGAAGGAGAACGAGCUGCAGCGCCUAGAAGAGGAGAUCACGACGCUCAAGGACGAGCUGCAGGAGGCGAAGGCCCGCAGUGCCAUGGAGGGGCGGUACGCGCGGCGCAUGGCGCAGGCGCGACUCUCACAGGCGGCGCGGCGUAGAGAGCACGUGGAGCUCGCCCUGAGAGACGAGGUGCAGACGCUGGGGAGUGAGCUGGACAACGAGAACAGGGUGCACAUGGACAUCGACACCUUCCUGAGGAGGCACUACGCGGACCUCUCGGAGCAGCUGGAGUUCUGGAUGGAGAAGUACGACCACGACCUGGAGGCCAAGCAGCAGGAGCUCAACAACCUCAAGGCCACGCACGCCAGCGACCUGGCUCACCUGCAGGACCUCGCGCGCCAGUACUCGGAGUUUGAGGCGGUGGUCAUCGAGGACCGGCUGGAGAGGGAGGCGGAGCGCAAACGUCUCGAGCAGGAGGAGUUGGAGCUGCGCUGCACCGUCAAGAUCCAGGCGUGGUGGCGUGGCGUGAUGGUGCGCCGGGGUCUGGGCCAGUACAAGGCGCCCAAGAAGGCCAAGAAGGGAAAGAAGGGAAAGAAGGCCAAGAAGGGUGGGAAGAAAAAAAAGUAAUUGGUGGCACCGCCCACAGCUCUCCUCCUUCGCAUCGCCCUUCCCGGCCUUGUUCACCACCACGUUGUGCUCGGCCAUGGGCAAUGCAAACAUAUACCGAAAUUCUCUGUAAUAGAGACACACUUCCUUUCCAACAUUAUUUCAAAGCACAAGCUGAGGACGUGACCGCAAUCCGGUAUUUGGCAUGAAAACCUGGCACCCGGACAUGACGUCCAAUCCGUGCGCGUAACUCGGUUCGCGUGUCCCUCAGUCCAAGGGUCACUCAGCCUAUGUGCCACGGGUGCCCGCUGUCCUAACACUCAUAAAAUGCUAAUUAAUUGUCCGUUAAUACCUUGAUAUAUAGAAGACCGCAGAGCUUGGGGAGUUUGGCGCCGGCUCACCGCCUGGCAGCUGCCUUCAAACUUGUCUGUGGUUCCUCACACCUGUGCGACGGCGUGUUACAAGUUUGAAUAACAAUAAUUAUUGUGAUAAUUGAUGGCUUUCCCCCACCCGUGGAGUGGGGUGCGGAAGGAGGGGCCGGACGUUGGGAUGAGCUGCAAGCUCAGAGCCGUGGCAGGGCAUCUCCAGGCGUAGCUCGGAACAGCUUUAGUCCGUUUGCUCCUGGCCUCGGCAACAACGCAGCAUCCGCGGUUUAUUUCGCAAACGCUUUACCCACAAGCUAUUAGAUGACUACCAACCGGAACAUAAACAUUUUUACUUGAAAAACAAUGUCGAACGCGGGGGAAGAAGUUUGUGCUCGGAUUUUCGAUGUGCUUUGUUUUGUCUUUGGACUUUUGUCGUUUUCGGUGAUCCAGUUCACUCUUGCAAAAGAGACGCCACUUGAGUUGUCGCCCGGUUAAGCGAAAUAAACUCGGAAACGACAACAAGAAAGUAACGGUACACACUUUAAUGAAAAGCUGAAAACAUCACAGUGGAAUAUAGUACAAAAUACAUACAUUAAGGUGCUUUUGUACACAACUUGCCCGGGCCACAUGAAGUGGAGCCGUCUUUCUUUACAAAUAUACAAAUAGAGAGAGCACGCCAAGAAGCAUUCCCCCAUCCCUCCUGCAGGGCGCUUCCUUCAAGACAUUUACAAAUUAUGCCACCGAAUGGGCCGAAACCAAAUCACCGUUGAGUGCGCUCCACUUGCG